UUGCCUAUCUCCCGCUCCAUGCAUCACUUGUAUUGCGUGUAGUGGAAGUAACAUCAUCGACGUUUGAGGUGAAUGAGGGUCUGGAAGAACAAAUGCUCCUCUGCAAUGUCUUCGAAAAGAGAGAGGCACCGUGUGGUUCUCACUGUUUCCUCCUUCGUGCAAAGGCUGACGCGACAGAGAAGACGAUGGAGUUGUUUCCGGCGCUGUUUAUUGUCAACAUGGAUUCCACCCGUAGCCUGUUUGUGCAGCACACCAUUGGUUCCAAGGAUACACUCAGGAGCGAGGUGCAAUGGGUUAAUCGUGUAGUUUUGCCGGCUGCGGGUGUGUUUCCCUACACAUUUAUUUCGUGCUACGGGUAUGUGGACCUGUUUACAUUUUCUUGGGAGGAAAAUGGCGAGGCGUCUUCUUACUCGGCCCCGGUCGAGGCGGUAUUUUCUUCAAAAACAGAUUGGAGCGGUUUUGUGCAGUGCGGGCGGACGCAACACAUGGUUCAAAUACAUAAAAAGGGCUUUGGUGAUCCCGCCAUGCUGGUGGUAAGUGGGCCCUGCAACAGGCCGCACCUGACACUCGUGAAUUUUACGUCUUACACCUACCGUGAGGUUGGCCCCAUGGGGGUGUCGUCUCCUUCUAUUUUGUCGCUGGCAAGUAAUGAUUUGCUGCAGCUGUCUGGAGGGGACAAAGAGUACGUGUUGCGGUUGACUCACAACACCUCGACCGCUUUGGAUGAUGAGGUGAUGGCAUUUGUUCGACAUCAGCAGGACGCUGUCACGGUCGUGUUGUCUCUGGUUCCACUGAAUACAACUGUGUUGCUAAAAGACAACACAUGUUGCACCAUCAGCCCUCAAAUGAAGGAGGAGAUUGAAGAUGGUUCAACUGGAACGAAAACUACGGUUCGUCUGGAUGUUAAGGUCUCUUACUUAUCCUUUAUGAUUCGUGAUGACAAGGAGAGCUCGGUUCUCUUCACAGUGGAAAGUAGUGAGUUCUGGAUGGUCCAACACUCCAUGAAGUUAACGGCGCAGUACACAAUGUCAAAUGCGUCCAUUCAGAGCACAUAUAAAUCAAAAAAUUGCCAUGUGCUUAAACCGUUCUGUUUUGAUAUGACAGUGCGUGAUGUGGAAUUGUUGAUCAAUGCAAUCUCCGCAUGUUCGGCUCAGGUGAAUGCAACACGGCUAGAGUUGGAAUUAUCCGAUAUCCUUUUGUAUCAGUUUUACCAGCUGGCAGCACACUGCCAAGACAAUUCAUGGAAGACAAUGAAGAAGAAAGGAAGUAAGGGUGGUGACGCAGGUCCAGCAAUCGCCGUGCCAUUCAUUUCUCCAUUUUCAAGGAACCGACGCAUUGAAAUCAAUUCUGUGGUCAUAUGUGAGAUCUGCGUCAUUCUAACUUAUGACAGGAGGGUGCGGCCUCCUGAAGAUGUUCUUUUUCGUGGUUCGCCAAUUGGGACGUUCAUUCCAUCCCUGCACCGUGCCACAAUAAGGCUGCCUACUGUGCGUUUUCGCGACGUCUCCAGAAAAACGCUUAUGGAGGUAUGCAAUAUGGUGCAGGAGGUGUUGUUUUUUGAAUUUCUGAAGCAAAUUCCCAGUUUUAUUUCAAGUGUUGUCCUCUUCCCGACGCUUUCUCCACUCGGCAAUAUUUUGACGCGCGUCGGGUCAUUUAUCUUUGGCUCUGGCGGCGCUUCUUCAGAGUUGCCGGGCGCGGCACUCAUUUGA